CUGGGAUACAAGGAGCAAAGGCUGCAAUACUGCCUAGUCUCAUGGCAGAACUUCUUCUACAGGGAUUCCCAAUUGAAUUACUAGAUGGAGAUGCAGAAAAUAUCCCAGUGCGCUGGAUCACUGAUGUUUUAACUGCAGUUGACCAAACUGACAGGGCAAAGAACAUAAGGGUACUGUCAGUGCUUGGAGUACAAAGUUCUGGAAAGUCCACUCUCCUGAAUGUCAUGUUUGGCUCCAACUUUGAAGUGAAAGGUGGGCGCUGCACCAAAGGAGUCUUCAUGCAAUUCCUACCAAACACUGCCAAAAGGACUGAAGAUGACUUUGACCAUUUGGUAGUUCUGGACACAGAGGGUCUGAGGUCUCCUGAAAAGGACUCCAUGUUUGGGGAUGGAGAGUCUAGAGAACAUGGUGACAACAUCUUGGCCACUUUCAGCACUGGUGUUGCACACAACACCAUCUUUAAUGUGAAAGGAGAAGGAGUAACCACAGAUAUGAAGAACAUACUGUCCAUGGUGGUUCUGUCCUUUGUGUCUAACACAAAGGUCAAGCUUUCUCCAAGUUUAACAGUGGUUCAUCAGAAUGUCUCAGACCCUGAUGAAGCUUACAACAAUGGAGAGGCCUAUGAGAGACUGGAGAAGAUCCUUGAUCAAUUAACAGAGUUGGCCACCAGAGAGGAACAUGUCAGACUGAGAAGGUUCAGAGAAGUGAUUCCUUUUGAUCCACCACAAGACGUUUUCUACUUCCCAGGACUGCUUGCAGGAGGGAAGAAGAAUUUUGUGGAAACUGCAACAGCUGACUAUGGGGAAUCAGCAACUGCCCUCAAGGACACCAUCCUUGCCAGAUUCAAAGCAACUCCAGAAAAAACCUGGACACUCACUGAAUUCUCCAAUCACGUCGCAAGCUUGUGGAGCUACAUUUUGUCAAAGUCAUACGCCCUCAACUUCCAGAACGUCUUCGAACUCUCCAAAAACAAUCUCAUGGAACAAGUGCUGCAUUUACUCAAACUGGACGCGGAUGAUCAGGUGGCCAAUGAAGUGGCCAACUGGCGACACGAAAUCGUGGAGCAAGGAAUUUCCGAAAACUCUUUCCCGAUUCUACUCGAGAAAGUUGACCUAUUUUUCGCCAACCUCAAAAACCUUUUCUGCGAAGAACUCAUCAAAACGCGGAUUUCGGAAAUCAAGCCCAAGUUGGACAUGGGUGAAUAUCUGAAACGAUUGCAAAAGAACCUCCACUUGUUCCUGGAUGACAAGUGCAUGCAAACCCGGCUGCGACUUCAAAAGGAAAUGACAUUGCAGUCCAUACACAACAAGAGGAGCGACCUCUUCAAAGUCCUGUUCGAAUCAUUCCACGAAGAGUUGUCUCAACGCGCUUUUCUGGAUGCUUCCGGGGAAUUUCCGGACGUCGAAAAAACCAAGAAAUGGUGUCACGACUACAUCCAGGACGUGUUCACGAAGAACCAGGAGCUAAUGCCGUCGCAAUCAAGUCCGGAGGAGAUCUGGGAACAACUCCGUCAGGCGAUGGAAAGAUCAUCGAAUCUGCCCCAAGACGUCUCGCAGCGGAUAAACGCAACCCUGAUCAACUCGGGCGAAGACGUCGUCCUAACCACACACCAUCAACAAAUGGCAAUUCAGAAAGUUCUAGAAAGCUGCGACAAAAUAGCCUUGGACUGGCUGGAAACCCGGGACUUUGCAGCAACCGUUUCCGCCCUCUGGGCCACCCUGGACCGCAUCAAAUCCUCAGAAAUGUCCAUGGACGAGACCUCGGAAGCAAUGGUGCACAUCACGCGGAAAGCCGCAUUCGCUCUCCACAAAGAAGCCUGCAACGAAUACGAAGCGUACAAACAGCAAUGGAACGACCUCAGCGCCGACAUGUGGGCUCAACUCGAGCUGUCGUAUUUCGGCGCCAAACAGGACGCCGUGAAUGCCAAGAAAUUCGCCGCCAAGCUCCAAGACGCCCUGCAAAACCACGUGGGUCAUUACGCCGCCAGACAGGCCAUGAUCAAGAUGCGGUACAUCCCGAAUUUCAGGUCGACGGCCAAUUUCAAUCGCAUGAUCAUGAUUAAACUCAUCACGGAGAAUAUGCCGAUUCAUCGCGUCAUGAGCUUUCUGGAGAACCCGGACUUGCUCAGGAGGCAAGUGCUCGAAGAAGCCUUACGUCACGAGAUGUUCAACAAUGACGGGGCUGUGAAGUCAAACACCUCGCUGGAAUUGCAAGGCGUGCUCAGGAAAAUCGCAUCCUUCCUCCAUGAAUUCGCAGAGCAGGGAAUAAGUGUAUGGAUAAGGAAUUCGCAGGAGAAGUACGCUUUCCAUACCACGCCUACCUUAGUUUUCGAAAAGAAUUCUAUGCGGGCAUUCGCAAACAUCUUCAACAGUCAGCGGAUGACCUACUAUCCCGUUUCUAUCCGAGGAUUGCAAAAUUGCACAAUUGACGACAUGGGAGGCUUCCUAUCCUAUUUGCAGUACGAACUCCAACCAAUCCUCGACACUUUGCUCAACAAUCUGACUGCCGAAGACGCUCCGUAUGGAUGGUGGAGAACAUCGGAUGAUCCAAUAGAAGGGUUGCUAGAAAGUCUAUCCGGUUGCAGAGUCAGGUGUCCAUUUUGUGGCAUUCAAUGCGAGUCGAACCACAUGGAACAAGAUGGCAUCCUCCACGAGUCCCUGUUGCACGUACCGAUCAUGCUUUCCAUCUACCGGCAAGGCACGGCUGACCCGGCAAGCAAGCAGAUAAUGAACUGUUGCGAAUUGGUGUCGACAAAAACGAUCAUUUACAUUGACGGGAAAAGGAUCAAGGCUUCUCGGUACAAGGAAAUGAUUUCCGAUUGGAUCAUACGCCAACAGAGCUGGAGAGACGGCUCAAAUUUCUGGAAAAUAUUCCUCAGCAGAAAGCACGUCGAACUUCGAAAGCACGGGAGACUGGCGAAGAAAACGAAAAUCCCGAAACGAUGGAAGUUGUUGGAUACGAGAGACGUCCUUCAUGACAUCUCCAGUGGCAUCAUCACAUGAAUCAAGGACAUCGUCUUGUGCUUUCACAAGAAUUUCGAGGGCGCUGCUGACUAUUCAAAAUAAUGAAUUAUUCUGCUGGAUUGCUGUAAACAUUUUCAGAUAAGUUGUAAGUUUCGUAUAAAUAUUCGUGCAGAAUCAUA